AUGGUGCGCUUGCGACCGCCCAGUUCCAUGUCGAAUGUCGUUCCAAGGCUCCAGAUUUGGUGGAUGAUUGCCUUGUGGUGCCAGCUGGCUGCUGGGGUCAGAGAGCCCGUGAAGAGCCAGGACAUCGAUGAGAAGGCAGAGAUCCUGAAACCUUUGAACCCCAAGGAGAUGAAGGAUGUUUUUGGCCUCAUGGAGGAGCGCUAUAAUUUCCUGGGGCUCCAGAAGGCCCUGGAGGCACUUGCCCUGCAGAAGGUCGCUGGAAGAACAUGGCAUCUUGGUUUUCCAGAGUCCAGGGUCCAUGAGAAGAGUCUUAAGGAAAUGUCACUGCCCCAAAGUCUGGGGACUUUGGCCGCGGAUGUGUCUCAGCCACCAACAGCGAGAUGGCACCUUGGAUAUUCCUGGGUGGUUUGUGUCCGUGGUGUCGAUGGUGAAUUGGAAGAACAUCUUGACUUCCAGACUGCCCGCGAGAUCUAUGCGGGCGUUUGCAGCCUGAACACCCGCCACAUCCAUCAAAAAGCCCUCGUGAUCAUGGCUCUCUUGGUGGACGCUUGGACUUACGUGUCAGUGAGCCGAAUCCGCUGCGGCAGAUGUGCCAUCACCGGAGGUUCUGUCGGACCUGCGAGGGUUGGCGAAGACGCCAUACACAGAUGCCAUGUUCGAAGGAGAAGGGAAGCCUUCGCUUGGAACUUGCAGUGGGGCACAUAUUUCACGCAGACUUUGGAGUUUCCCGCAGAUCUCAAGAUGGUGCCAACUGUGGAGUGGACACAGAUGGUGCUGCAGUCCGUGGUGAUGCCAGAAGGGGGCGAGGUUUGGAGCUUGUUCUGGCACAAGGGCGCCACAAUAUCUACUACAGGCCUUGCAUUCUGGCGAUCUGAUUCCCAUCCUCAGCCUCGAGUCCGGUAG